AUGCCGCGCCCGACUCCCACAGCGGCAGGGGCCCUGUUGCCUGGCGCUCAGCCACUUCUUGCUGCUGCUGCUGUCUCCUGCAGCAGAUGCAGCAGCAGCAGCUGCUGCGUCCAUUCACAGCCGACGCUGCAGACUCAACAGACGCGUGGCCGAGUAAAUAAAACUGUAGAGAGCAGUUCCAGAGGAUGCUGCAGUCGAUCGGACGCAGCGAGUCAGCGGCAGCCCAGGCAGCAGCAGCAAAGGCAAGGGAGUCGUGUGGCUGCGAUAAGUGCUGCCCCAGCUCAUGUGGAUCCCGCAGCAACAACAGACACCCAACUGAUCGCUGCUGCAGUAGCCCGCGUGCUGCACAUCCAGCGGCAGCAGCAACAGCAGCAGCACCAGCAACAGGUGCAAUCAGCUUUGCCACUCUCUCUUCCCGCAUCUCAAAUGGAUUCGCUGCUGCAGCAGCACGGCAUAGACCCUUCAUCAUCUCGGGGGGCGCACCUUCACCAUCUUUUGUCAGAGCACUGGCCCUUAUCGCAGCAGCAACUGCAACAGCAACAGUUGCUGCAGCAGCCGCCGCACUUGAGCCGUCACCAACAGCAGCAGCCAGAAUUGCAGCAGCAAGGGGCAACAGGUGUUCCGCAGCUCACGCUAGAGAUCGUUGCAUAUCACCCUCCAGGGCAGCAGCAGCAACAGCAGCGUAUCCAGCAGGGAGUGUGUCGGCUUGAGAAGCUUCACGGAGCAUUGCUGCAACGUCACGGGAAGCAGCUGCUGCAGCAAUGGCACUCAAGAACAGCAAUCGCAGCGGCCACUGAUGCUGCUGCAGCGGAAAAGGUCUGCCGCACCAGCAACUUCCUGCUGCAACAGAGCGUUUAUCAGUGCUGGGCUGCUGCUGCGAAAGCGGCAGCAGAGCAGCGGCGACAGCAGCAGCAGCGGCGCCAGCAGCAGUCUGCACUCGCUGUCAUAUGCCGAUUUGCACGACUACAUGCACUGAGAGGAGCGCUGCAUCACUUGGGGCAGCAGCUGUUGCUGCAGCAGCACUGGCGCACCAGCAGCGGUAGCAGCAGACUUAAGAGCGAAGCACUCCACGCUUGGCGCUACGCCUUUCUGCCUCAGCGGCGGCGAGCCCGGCAGCUUGCUUCUAUUGCUGCUUCUUUGCGUCAGCAACAGCAGCAAAUGCUGCUGCAGAAGGUCUGGCAGAUGUGGAAGCAGAAGCAGCAGCAGCAAUGUGACAGUAACACACUCCGCCUACGGUUGUCAGCUGCCCUGCAGCAACGCGGCCUCCAAAGCAAGGUGCUGCUGCUGCUUCGGCAACACUGCUGGAUGCAGCAACGGCUUCGCGCUGCGGCAGCAGCAGCAGCAAAUCGAGUUUCUCUGCUGCGCAUGCAUGUGGUGUUGCGGGAGUGGCGGUCUGCCGCAGCCGCAAACUGCCAGGAGGCAGCGUCUGUAGCUCCAUAUCGCAGCGCAGCAGCAACGCUGGCCAUUGUGCGCUUUGUUGUGCUGCAUGCGCUGCAGCAGCAGCAGCAGCAACCGCAGCAGCAGCAGUGGACCUUAGCUCGGGCUGUGCUGGAGGCCACCAGUCGCAGGGGCUUGCCCCAUCUCCCUGCACCUGCCUUACAUGUCUUAUCUCUUGUGCCCUUAGAGCUGCCUACACACCCUACGAGGUUGCUGCAACACGCACCUACUGUGGCGAGGAUCUUGAAAAGGGAGCUGCUGCGCAACAGUUUUCGUACAUGGAAGGAGUGGACUGCUGCCGCUGCUGCUUUUCGGCAGCAGCAGCAGCAGCGCUUGUUGCGCGUUGCUUUCGAGGCGCUAGUUGCAGUCACGGCUAGGCAGCAGAUGCUGCAGAAGCUGCAUUUUGCUGCGGCAGCCAUCAGCAACAGGACUCUGCUGCAGUGUGCUUGGACGGAAUGGAGGCAGCGCUGCCUCCGCUACGCCUCGUUUAGGCAACGGUGCCAUGCUUUGCUGCAGCAGCGCACGACAUCUUUGCAGCGCCGGGCAUUCUCUGCUCUUCGCCUCUUCACGGCAGCAGCAGCCGAGGAGAAGCAGCAGCAGGCAGCUGCGGCUUCUGCACUGCGACUGACGCGGCUUAGGUGCCUUUUCACUCAGCUUCAGAGGGCAUACCAGGCGCGUCGCCACGCUGCUGCUUGCAACGAAGCAGCUUCCUUGCUGCAACAGAAGCAUUUGCUGCGCCGUUCUUUCUGGUCCCUCAGAGAGAAUGUAGGAGAGGCAAAGAAGCUGCGAGAGGCCAGACUGGUCUGCCAGCAAGUGCAGCGGCGGCAUGUGCUGCGCUUGUGGUGGGUAUUGGCCGCUUCUGCUACUGCGCUGCAGCAGAUGGGUUUACUGCUGCAGCAGCGUCGGGCGCAGCAACAACUGAGAUCUCUCUUCGCACUGUGGAGAGCAGUGGAGAAACGCCAGAAAUACCUGCGGGAACAGCAAGCCGCCCUGCAGCAACGGCGUCAGCAGCUGCUGCAGCAGCACUACUUCAGCCUCUGGAGGCAGCGACAGGAGCAGCGCAAGGAAGCAUCAGCAGCGGCGCAGACGCUUGCCGCAUGCUUGGGGCGGCUUUUGCUACGCAGUGCGUGGCUGUCGUGGAAGCAGGCCGGGAAACUACAGAAACGUGAACAAGCGCUGCAGCAGCAGCAGCAGCAGCACAUUGUACAGCAGUCUUUUCAUGCAUGGCGAUCUCUCCUUAUUUCUGUUAGGCUGCGAAUCUUGCGUGCAAGGGGUGCUGUACUACACGGGUGGCUGCGGCGGAUUCUCCUCGCCUGGCGGCUGCGUGCAGAAACAACUCGCUGCGGCUUGCAACUGCAGCAGAACACAGAAAAGAGAAGACUUGCUGCAGCUUUCAUAGGCUGGAAGCAGCACUGGCAACGCCAGCAGCAAAGGAGCGGUCGGAUACAGCACGGCCUGGUGCUGCUGGAUCGCCAGCACCGCGAAAGGCUGCAAAGCGCAUUUAGCCGCAUGCGAGCAGCAGCAGCGCGAAGCCCGCUCGAGCAACAAGCUGUGGAGGCACUGCAGCGCCGACAGCAGCAACAGCUGCUGCGCAAGACGUGGAGCCAAUGGCACCAAGCCUUGCAUCUUCAGCAGCAACUGCUGCGGCUUUCGGCCUUUGCUGCUCGCUACAGAGCGCGGCUUGCAUUGCAGCAGCUGCGUGCGCAUGCUGCCGCAGAGGCAGCACUGCAGCAGCGUGCUCAGCCGCUAGUUGAGAAGAGCGACAGGCUGCUGCUGCGGCGGUACUGGCUGCUAUGGCGCUCUGCUGCACAACACCAGCAGCUGUUGCAGCAAGCAGCAGCAAAGGUCCUGCAGCUGCAUCAGCAAAAAACGCAGGAAGGUCUACGCAGGUGUUUUGCAGCCUGGCGGAUGUGCGCCCGCUUCUCUGCGGCUGGCCGCUUUCUUGCUGCAGUGGAGAAGCGGCUGCAGCAGCGUGCUGGUGUUGUUGCACUUCGGUUACAUGCAAAGCAUGCCUCGGUGUUGCUGCUGCUGCUGCUGCUGCUCUCGCGAGCAUCGCGUAUGGCGAGGUUGCGGUUUGGGUGGCAGCAGCUGGCGCUACACUGGGAGAAAUGCCAGCAGCAAACACUACAAGCUGAUGCUGCGGUGAGACGGCGUGAAAAAGCAUUGCUUUUCCAGGUGUUUGCUGCGUGGAGAGAGCAGCUCCAAGUGAGACGGCAGCUGCAGCAGAGGAAGCAGGAGCUACGCCAGAAGGAGCAGGAGCUGCAGCUCUUGCAUAGCUUGAGACUGCAGCAAAAGGUGCUAGUUGCUUGGCUUCAGCGGCUGCUGCGGCCAGUGCAGCAACAGGAAGCGGCUGCAACGUUCCAGGAUAGAGGCAGGAAGAAACUGCUUUUGACGCUGCUGCUGCAGUGGCAGAAAGCUGCUGCCGCGGCUCGGCGGCGCCGUUUAGCUGCUGGUGUUACUGCUGUUGCUGCAGAGGCUGUCCGUCAGCAGUCGUCGCUGCGGACUCUUAGGCUAGUUUUUUCUUGCUUGAAGGAUAGGGCGCGGCGGCAGCAGGUGCUGCGGCUGCGGCUGUUGCAUGCCCUGCUGUUGCUGCCGCUGCAGCUGCCGCUGCUCCCUGCUGCGGCGAGAGCUGCAACAGAAACAGCGAACGCAGGUGCCACGCAUGCUCACCUGCCCCUUCCACUAGUUUCCCGUGCUCUGCUGCAGUCUCUUGCUGGCGAACUGUCUUUGUCCGGACCAGACCCGCAGCAGGAAGAGCAAGAACAGCAGAAGCUGCGGCAGCCAACCCCGUCAACGGCAGCGCCUGAGUCUGCGAUUUCUCUACAGCAGCAGCAGCAGCAGGAGCAAGCCCGGUGCUCUCCGCCUCCUCUGCAGCUCCCUGCUGCUCGUAGAUCUGACAAGAAAAACGCGCGAGCAUUUUCAGCAGCAGAAGACAAAGAAGCAGCAGCAGAGGGUUUGUGGGCCUCGCAAGACUCAACUGUUGCUGAUCCAGAAGACCUGUUGGCUUCUCGCCGAAGCAGCUGUGCGGUGCUGCUGCUGCUGCGGGAGAUCUCCGCCACGGCAACAGCAACAGCAAAUACAAAAGCUGUAGACGCAUGCAUCGACGCCUUCCAAAAGGAGAGGUGUUGCCUGCCGCAGCAGCAGCAGCUGCUGUUGCUCAGUCAUUCGGUGCUGAUGCAGCAAAGUGACCCUGACUUGAGCAGCGCUUCUGAGCAGCAGCAGUGUGUCGUCUACAGUAGCGGCAGCACUCAGUGGAAACUUUCACUGCCUCAGGGGCUUCUGGCAGCAGCUUGGCACUCUGUCCGGGUGGUUCGGCGCUGCUUCUGUUUGUGGCGUCAGUAUAAAACAGCGGACUUGCUACGGCGGCAGCAGCAACAACAACAGAUGCUGCUGCUUGUGCAGAAGCAAAAGCAGCUGGUGCAGCGGGACACGUGGCUCGCUUGGCGCAGUCUAUGGCAGAAGCACGUAGGCGCUGCUGCUGCUGCGGCGCAGCAGCUAUCGCUGUUGCUGCUGCGGCGGUUAUUCACUAGCUGGCAUAUUUUGGCCCACCCGCGCGUGCAGCGUUGUGCUGCUGCUGUUGCAAUUGUGCAGAAGCAGCAGCAGCGUUCACUUUGCACAGUGACUCUGACUGCUUGGAGGGAAUGGACCACGAAGCAGCGCCGCUUGAAACGGGCAGCAGCAGCUACUGCUGCUCUGUCGGUAGCUCGUGUCAAUUCUGAAACGCUGCGCUCGUGGACUUUUGCAACACGCCUGCAGCGGCUUGAGAAGGAGGUGCAGCGUCGCCAACAGCGGCGACUGCUGCAGCACCUGUUGCUUGAGUGGCGUUUUUGUGCUCGCGCGCGUCGUGUUGUGGCUGCUGCACUUCUGCCGCAGCGUUUGCCGCUGCUGCGGCACGGCUGGCAGCAGCUCCGGCUAAAUGCUUUUUCCAGCAGGCUGAAGGAGCAGGUGCUGCAGCGGGCCUUUGCUGCGCUGCUGGUGGCAGUCAACCGACGGCGGCGUCUCGAGUGGUGCCAAGCUUGCGCCACCAUUCAACAAGCCAUCCGCACACAGCACGAGGUAUUCGAGCGAUGGCGCUUGCUGCUGCUGCAGCGGCGCCGUGCCGCCGCAUUGAGAACAGUCGGUGCUGCAGCUGCUGUGCUGCUGCGGCUCAACCGUGUCUUCUCUGCCUGGAAGGAUCUGGCAACAACAAGGCAGCAGCAGAGGCAGCAGCAGCUACUCCUGCUGCAACAACGGCAGCUGCUGCAGGGAACCUACGGCAAGGCCCUUGCUGGUCGUGUAUUCAAACUCUGGCUCUUGGCUUACAGGCUGCAGCGCCUGCUUCAAAGGCGUGCUGCUGCAGCAGCUCGCAGGACUUUCCAGGCCCUGAGGGAGAUAGCUGCUCGCCGGGCGUUGGAGGUGCGCUGCCUCAACGCAUGCAGGCUCCGCCAUUUGCUGUUCUUGUUCUCGGCUUGGAAGAACGCAGCAAAGAUGCAGCGAGCUGCUGCUGCAGUGGACGAAAAAUGCUCUCACAGGCUGCUGUUGCAUGCAUUUUCACAAUGGCGUUGGCUCCAGCAGCGGCACGCUCUUUUGGAGCAGCUAGCUUGGCGGGCGCUGCUGCAGCGACAGCAACAGGUUGCUGCUGCAGUAAUUCAAGCUCUGCGGUUGAACGCGCAAAGGCAGCUGCAAAUGCGGUUGCUGCAGCUGCGUCGACAGCAGCAGCAGAAGUUGUUGCUACUGCGUGCAUGGCACCAGCUGCUGAAGUCCUGCUGCUUCUAUCGUCAACAGCUGCAGCAGCGAGCCUUUGCUGCGCUACGCUUUGCUGCGGCUCUGUCACGGAGCGUCUUGUUAAUCGUUGCAUGCGUUCGCCGACUGCAGCAACAGCAGCAGCGGGAGGCACUGCAAUGUCUGCAGCAGAGAGCUGCGCUCAGCAAGAAGCUACAGCAGCUGCUGCGCGCAGCAGCAGGGCAGCAGCUGCAGAAGAGCUUGCAGCGCGUGAAGCAGACGGUCGAGUCUCGGUGCAGCAUGGUGCUGCAGCUCAUGCAUCGACAUGCACUGCAACAGGAACAGCUGCAGCAAUUCACUGCAGCAUGUGAAGGAAGGCAGCAGCUUGAGUGUCUUAAAAGGUCGUUUCAUGCAUGGCAGCAUCUUGCUAGAGCGCGACGGCGCGCUGCAGAAGCAGCAGCACUGCUGCAGCAACUGCGAGAAGAGACAGGGCCUCAGCUGCUGCUGUUGGGAUGUCUGCGAAGCUGGUGCCAGGCAGUACAGCAGCAACGGCGAUGGCGAACUGCUACUGCUGUGCUGCAGCUGUUGCAGCAGCGGCACUUGUUUGCUGAGUGGCGCAGGGUGCUGGACGAAGUAAGAGACGAGCAGCAGCUGCAGCAACAGGCACUGCUGCUGCAGCGACAGUGGAAAAUGCGCCGUGUACUCUUGCUGCUGCAUGAAAAACAGCAGGAGGAGGAGUGGAAGGCAUGGUGUAUUGUCAGGGCGGAGAAUUUCCUGGGGCUGCUCCAGGAACGUCAGCAAAAAGCAGUGCUGCAGCACUGGCGUUUUUACACGCAAAAGGAGAAAAGAUUGCACGCUUGCGCUCAGCAGGUCCAGCAACGGCAGCAGCAACGCGCCCUGCGGAUGUUUUUCCAGCACAUGGUCUCAGCUGCGGCAAAGGGCCAGCAGUUAGGCGUUGCUGCUGCAGCAGUGGAACAAAGACACCGUCGUCUGCUGCUGCGCACUUUUUGGAGUCACUGGUUCUCUUUGUCCCGUUAUGCAAAGGCAGCUAGCGCGCUGCUGCAGCACUUCUUUAUGCUGCAACAAAUCCGACAACUAAGUCGUGUGGUGUCCUUUUGGAAAGGCUACGCUGAGCAAAGUCGCAGGCUUCGGACAGCAGCAGCUGAGCUGCAGCAGCGGCUGCAGCAGAAGCAACAGCUAGCUGCUGGUGUCUUAGUGGAGCGUGUGAUGCGGGAAUGGCAGGGCCUAGCCUUGCAGCGUCAGCAGCGGCGUCAAGCCGCACAGCAGCGGCUGCAGCGGCAGCUGCUGCUGCGAUACCAGCAACAAAUGAGGAAGUUUCUAACGUAUUGGAAGGUUGCAGCAAAACACAGGGCUUCCGCUAGACAGGCUGUGCUGCAGCGCAUCGGAGCGUUCCAUCACCAGCAACAACAGCAACAACAGCAACACCUGCUGGGACUGCCGCACCGCUCCCAGGCCCUCAGGAGGCGGGCAGCUUCCCUGAGCAGCAGCAGCAGCAGUAGCCGCAGGAGCAACAGCAGCAGCCGCAGAAGCAUCAGCAGCAGCCGCGGCAGCAGCAGCAGUGGUAGCAAAGAAGCCCUGUCCAUGCCAGGCCCUUCGCAGCGGCUCAGAUGGAGGGACGAGGGGAGACCCGCAGCAGCAGCGACAGCAGCAGCAGCAGACGCAUCUGAUGAUGCGUUGCCAGAGCUGUCGACCGCAGUUCCGCGGCAGCAAGAGCAGGCGCAGCAACAGCAGCUGCAGGAUGAGGCUUUGAGUCUCUCCUUCUCCCGCCAGGCUUUUCUUUCCCACUCGCAAACUUCUGAGCAAGAUGUGCUACUGCAGCAGCGGUGGCGGCAGCAGCUGCAGCAGGAGCAGCAGACACAGCCACGCCUUAUCAAAGCAGAGGCAGCUGGCGGUGACCAGCAGCGACAGCAGCAAUCGCAGCAGCAGCAGCAGCAGAUGUGGCUUCAGAGUCCUGCCCUGCCAACGGGUUCGCUUCAUCUUGAGGACUUGAAGGAAGAGGAAGAGCCCAUGCAGGAGGCAGCAGCGAUGUACGCGGGUGCUGCUGCGGUUGCGGCUUCGCUGGAUGAGGAGCCACCGCAGCACCACUCCGGCCCACGUUCAAAUAGCAGCAGCAGCAGCACCGGCAGCAGCAAUGCAGUUUCGCCCCCUCGCCGGCGCAGUAGCCAUCUUCCUUUCAGACAGAUGCACCCAGAAAUAUUUGAUAGCAGCAGCAGCAGCAGCGUUAGAGGGACUGAUAGCAGCCGCUGGCGAAGCAGCCCUGGCAGCGGGUCUUUGCUGGAUGACGCCGCAAGUAGCAGCGGCAAACAGCAGCAGCUGCUGAGGGUAUCUAAGCGCCGCUCUCUGAGCACGACCAGCGCAGGGCGACAAAGCUACAACAAAAGCAGCAGCCCCAGCGGCCAGCUCCGGGAAAGAAGCCGGGCGCUCAGUGACACCAGCAGCCAAACAGUGAGGCGGCGCGGCAUCAUUAGCAGCAGCAGCAGCAGGGAAAGCAGUAGAAGCAGCAAACGCAGGAACAGCGAUAGCAGCAGCGACGAAAGCGGAGAUGACUUUGUUCGCACUGCAGUACUGCCUCCGUCUCCCUAUUCUGUCACCCCCAACGAGCUGCUGCCACAGCGUAAGUCUUUCCAUGCUCUGGUGCAGCAGCAGCUGCAGCGGCGACGACAGAAACAGUGGCAGAGUCAGCCACAGCCGAAAGAAAGCCCUGACGAUACAGCUUCGCAUGCGGACAGUGAGCAUUUCCUCCGUAGAGCGUGGGAGGGAGAUUUGCAGCAGCAGCAAUUGCUGCUGCAACUGCGGCGAGAAGUGAGAGCAGUAGCAGCAGCGAGUUCGCCGCAACAAAAAACCAGCCCCUAG